GCCCAAUUCAUUCUUUUAAGAGUAUAAGCACCUUUGCUUUCAAUCAUGCCGUUGCCUUUGCCUCUGCCUCUGUUUUCUCUUUACUCUGUUUAGACACAACACAGAAAAUCAGUGUUCUCUGUUUACACAGCCUUUAUAAUUCCUUCCUCGAACACCCACUCUCUGUCUCUGCUUCUGUAACUUCUGCUUUUAAAGCUGAGAUUUUUAAGACUCUAUCACAGAUUACUACGCAUCGUUUCCAAUUCAAUUCCACCUUUUCACUUUCCCUUUUCAUCCCUCUCUCUAUCUCUCAAGAUUUCAAGUUUGGAUUUUUUUUUGUUGGUGUUUUAAAAAUGGGCUGUACAAAGUGGGGAAUGUUUUCUGGGCUGGUGGUGGUGGUGGUGGUGGUGGUGGCUUGCAUGGUUUCGUUUGGUGUUGCUCUCACUGACCCUCGUGAUGUUGCUGCGAUGAAUAGCUUGUUCCUUUCUUUGAACUUCCCACCAUUGCUUGGAUGGGUUCCUGUAGGAGGAGACCCUUGUGGAGAGGAAUGGCAAGGUGUCAGCUGUGUAUUCUUUAACAUAACCGCACUGAAACUAAAUGGCAUGAAUUUAGGAGGAGCCUUGGACGAUGAACUGGCGCUAUUUGAAUCUAUCAUAGAAAUAGAUCUGAGUAACAAUCAUAUUGGAGGGAAUAUUCCAUCCAACUUACCCCUUACCUUGAGGAGCUUCUCUCUUGCUGGUAAUCAGUUCAAUGGAAGCAUCCCAGAUACCCUCUCCUCUUUAACUCUGUUGUCAUACUUGUCAUUAAACAAUAAUCAUCUAAAUGGAGGAAUACCAGAUGCCUUUCAACAGAUGACAAGCUUGACACAUUUGGAUUUGUCAGGUAACAAUUUGAGUGGUCAGCUGCCUCCAUCGCUGGGAAAUUUGUCAUCUCUUAGUUCACUGCAUUUGCGGAAUAAUAAACUUAUAGGGGUACUUGAUGUCUUACAGGAUCUUCCCCUUCAGGAUCUGAAUGUGGAGAACAAUCUGUUUUCAGGGCCUAUACCUGCAAAGCUACUGAGUAUUCCAAAUUUCAGGAAAGAUGGUAACCCAUUCAAUACAACCAUAAUUCCUCCUCCUCCACUUGCGCUCCCUCCAUCUCCAGCCAUGCCACCAUCUUCUGCACAGACACCUGAGAAGAAAGGACGUGGUCCACCUGCCUCAGAGACGCUAAAGGCCGAAAGUUCAAGGCCUCUUUUUACAACUAAUAGAGCCAUCUUGAUUGGUCUUUCUGUGGUGGCAGUAGUUAUCAUAUUAGGAGUGUGUGUGUUAAUGUCGACCUGCUUUAGAAGAAGGCAAGUGAAGGAAGAUGCUGAAAGGCAAGGUGAAGGUGCCUGUAGGGGCCACAUAGAUAAGCCUAGUAAUAAAUCGUCAUUGCAACAAAAUAGCCGAGGGAAAGUUCAAAAAGAAUCGAUAGUGAAAUUACAAGAUGAGUUUCAACUAGAUAACAGAAAAAUGGAGACAAGUCCAAAGCUUCAGGAUGAUCAGGGAUUAGAUCUGACACGAAUGUCUGCAUGGUCAAGGAAGAAUACGGAUCAUGAGAAAGAUAUGAAUUUUAUGCAUCUGCACCCACCACCACCCCCUCCUCCGUGUCUUCCAGUUGACAAGGUCAUAGUAAAUCCAGUUGUGCCUGCAGAAGUAUACACAAGGAGUUCUUCAACUAAGAUUCUGAAAUCCUCAAGUUCUAUAAGCGUUUUCACCAUUGCCACUCUUCAGCAGUUCACGGAUAGUUUUUCAGAAGAAAAUUUUGUUGGAGAGGGCACACUUGGCAGCGUUUACAAGGCUGUGCUUCCUGAUGGACAGCUACUGGCUGUCAAGAAAAUGAAUAACAUGGCUACCAGGCAACAGACAGAUGAGGAAUUCGUUGACCUAGUUUCUACUAUCUCUAGAAUUCGACAUGCAAACAUUGUGGAACUUGUGGGUUACUGUAAUGAGCAUGGCCAACGGCUACUUGUUUAUGAGUAUUACGAAAUGGGGACACUUCAUGAUGCACUGCAUUUUGAUGAGAAGAUCCAUAAAAAACUGUCAUGGGAUGCACGCAUUAGGCUGGCUCUAGGAGCAGCUAGAGCACUACAAUAUCUGCAUGAAGUCUGUCAGCCCCCCAUUGUACAUCGAAAUUUCAAAUCAAGCAAUAUCCUACUUGAUGAAAAGCUUGCGGCAUGUGUCUCAGACUGUGGGUUGGCCACUCUACAAUCAUCUGGCUCUGCAAGUCGGUUAUCAGGACGUCUCCUCAGUGCUUAUGGCUAUGGCGCACCGGAGUUUGAGUUGGGGACUUAUACUUGCAAGAGUGAUGUGUAUAGCUUUGGAGUUGUGAUGCUAGAACUCCUGACUGGGAGGAAAUCUUAUGACAGGUCUCGUAGUCGAGGAGAGCAGUCUCUGGUUAGAUGGGCAAUUCCUCGGCUUCAUGACAUAGAUUCACUCUCUGGGAUGGUUGAUCCUUCUUUAAACGGAGCAUAUCCUGUCAAGUCUUUAUCUCGUUUUGCUGAUAUAAUAUCCAGAUGUGUGCAGUGGGAGCCAGAAUUUAGACCAGCAAUGUCUGAAGUCGUCCAGGAUCUUUUGCAUAUGAUAUGAUAAAGAGGAGAAUCUGAAGAUCAACUGAACUCUAAGAUUUUGGCCAGGUAGGUAAUAGUCAUUGGAGAAACAGUAUUUAUAAUGUAAAACAGGAUCUGUUAUUUAUACUUGAAGACUUGUUAGGAUGGAAAUUUUAGAGGUAAAAAUUUUCUUUUCUUAUAGUGCUAUACUUACAGUUCAUUGUUCUUUAUAUUCUUUGGAGAUGUCUUGAUACAAUUAUUAUGUUUAUUUUGUGUGAAUAUGGCUUGUGUAAUUAUUCAUUUGUUGA